GACAGAUCACCUACAUAGCGCACAUGUGUAGACAGAGUGGGGAUCAGCUGCUGUAAUGGAAGUAUGUGAUGAAACAAAAAGCAGCAGCGCUUUGUGCUUUCUAACAUCCAAGCUGGCUGUUUCUUUGCAUGCAGCUCACUCCACAGCAUUCGAAGAACACACAAGAUUGAAGAAUUCUACAAGCCAAGGGGAGCAAGUCAACGAGCAGUGCUAGAGAUAGCCCAAAGGGCAGGAGAGCUUACCUCUGAAACACCAGGGAAGUGGCUUGGUCUGCAGAACGGGAACUUACACUGUCCACCUGAUGACAGGCUGCCAAAUCCAAAAUGAAACAGCAUCAGUGUCAGUAACUCACGUAAAGAAAGGCACCAGGUAAAAGUAACAACAGUUACAGGCAGAUAGAUGAAGGUGGUUUCUGGGCUCUAAUGGAAAGAUUUUUAAAAGGGUUUAUUUACAGACAACAUCUGCUGUGACAGAAUUGGCUGCAAGAAAGAACCGGGUGUCCCUGUGCAUUUGGAUUCGUAAGUGAUUCCGACUGCAGAAACCAAUGAGAGCUUUCCUGAUCCUUAUCAGGAGAGUCUGAGGGCAGGGUCCAGCCUUCCUCUAACAGAGGAUUACUUCAGGACCCCUGCUCAGACCUGUCUGCCUUGAUACUUUUAAUCCCCUCUCAGGAAGAAGAAACCACUGCACAUUUGCUGCACCUCAGCAGCAGACAGCAGUUUACCAGCUGCGACCUCGCUGGCCAUUGUACCAGAUCUUAGAUGUGGUCUUUCAGUCUCCCUUGUGGUGAAGAUGAUUUUCUUCAAUUUCAGUAUACCUGGAGACAUGAACGACACCUGUACCAACAGCAGUAUCAACCCCAGAGUAGAACUGUUCCAGCUGAUCAUGUACACUCCCACGUUUAUCCUGGGAUUGCUGUUCAAUGUGAUGGCCCUCUCAUUCCUGUUUUUUCCAGCUAAAAAGUUGUCAGAAUCUACAGUCUACCUGAUAGCCCUUAUUUUCCUGGAUACUUUGCUGCUCUUCACUCUUCCUUUUAAAAUCAUUUCCUAUCACCUUCAGAACAAGUGGAAAUUGGGGUCAGUGUUUUGUUCCAUUUUGGAGAGUCUUUACUUUAUAAAUAUGUACGGCAGCAUCCUCAUCUCCCUCUGCAUCUGUGUAGACCGCUACAUCGCUAUCCAGCACCCUUUCAUGGCUCCCACCCUGCGCUCCACCAAGAAAGCUGCUCUGGUUUGUGUUGUCAUCUGCCUGGGCAUCUCAGCUGGGAGUGUGUCCACUUCCCAGUUUCAUGAGGAGAGCUACAACAUCUCAUCCUGCUUCCACAACUUCUCCAAAAGCACAUGGGAAAACACAGGCCUGAUCAUUGGCCUGGAGAUGAUCUUCUUCGGUAGCAUGGUGGCCAUGGCCUUCUGCACCACUCAGAUCAUCAGGUGUCUGAGAAACCACAGAAAAUCAGACAACCCCCAGACACACAUGACCAGAGCAGAGAAGGUAGUAGUGACAAACUUUGUCACAUUUUUGGUCUGUUUCACACCUUACCAUGUGACGUUCUUCCUGUACUUUUUGGUGAGGAAUAGCAUCAUGCACAUCCCUUGUCACACGGUGCUACGGGACAUCCUUCAAGUCACUCUUUGCUGGGCUAAUCUGAACUGCUGUCUGGAUGCGGUCUGUUAUUAUUUUGUUUUAAAGGAGUCUGCGGAAGGUUCGUUGCAAAACAAAGCGAGAAAUCACACAGAAGAAAGCUUUGAUCCACACACUGAACGUUAGUUACUUCGCCUGACAAGUGGAGAUGCUAUCAUGAAAGGUGCAGGGCCCUGAACUACUUUUCUAAAUCAUUUACUUUAAAUACUCAGAUGUGAAAAUAUUUCAUAAAGAGAACAGAACUAAGCCCAUUCCCAGGACUCCUAGCUUAUUUGCUUCCCAUCCACAAUGCUUUGUGUUGUCAUGUAUGGAUAAAAAGGAUUGAUAGUA